UCAUGAUCCAAAAUUCUGAGAAUUGAUGUUAGAUAUUUGAAUUACAAAUAUUAUUCUUUUCAUUAAUAAAUACAAUUUUUCUAAAAAUCAUUUACAUAAAGCCAAGCAGCCGCUGCGGUUUAAUAUUAGAAUAAUAAGAAUUCUUAUUCCCUAUAAGUUUAAAACGUUUUGGUGAAUUAUUGUUAUCAUUGACUGGUUAAAUAGCAGAUAACGCUUUAACAUUUGUACAUUGACAUUAUGUAUUUUUGAAUGAUCAUGAAAUUAAGAUAAUAUCUUUAUAAUUGUUCAUGUUGUGAACUAAAAUCUUAAUACCGGUAACAGACUGGUACAAGUUAACCAUACAAGAAUAUACAUUUGUAGAUCUAAAUAGUUAACACCUCGUGGUGUAAUUGUCUAAGAUCAGGAACCGCCAUGGCCAGAAAUGCAGAGAAAGCAAUGACUACACUGGCUCGUUGGAGAGCAGCUCAAGUGAAGGAACAUGGUGGCAAGGAAGAACGACGACCAUACUUGGCUACUGAAUGUACAGAUUUGAAGGCGGCUGAAAAAUGGAGAGUUCAAAUUAUAAGAGAAAUAUCCAAAAAAGUUGCACAAAUUCAAAAUGCUGGAUUAGGAGAGUUUAGAUUACGUGAUCUGAAUGAUGAAAUAAAUAAAUUAUUGCGUGAAAAAAAACAUUGGGAAUAUCAAAUACGUGAACUUGGUGGUCCAGAUUUUUUACGAAUGGGGCCAAGAAUGCUUGACCAUGAAGGUAGAGAAGUACCUGGUAAUAGAGGAUACAAGUAUUUUGGAGCUGCUAAAGAUCUACCUGGUGUGAGAGAACUUUUUGAACACGAACCUCCUCCACCGCCUCGUCGUACUAGGGCUGAACUUAUGAAAAAUAUAGACGCAGAUUACUAUGGAUACAUGGAUGAAGAAGAUGGUCUUUUAUUAGCUAUGGAAACUAAAAAAGAAAAGAAAAUGCUGGAAGCAUUAGGUCAAAAAGCAGUAAUUCGUGAUGAAAUGGAGUCAGCUUUUGAAGAAGUUGACAGUGAUGAUGAAGAUAUUUCAACUAUGUUCAGUAGCUCUCGUUAUAUACAUCCUCCACCUGUGCCAACUGAUCAAGAUAUUCAAAAUCUGAUCCUAGAUUAUAAAAAGCGAGAAUUACUUGAAACUUUUGCUGGCAUAGAAGGUGGCAAAGAAUAUGAAGAAGUAGAAGAUUUAGCUAAUAUAUCAUCAUCAGAUGACGAAAUAUAUACUAAAUAAAUGUUACAAAAUUCUAUUCUAUACUUUUAAUAAUAAUAAUUACCUUUUUUAUACAAAA